AUGAAGAGGCUCCUACAAAAGAUUUAUCAUUGUUCAAAAGUUUACGGGUUUACAGCUGCAGGGGCAGUUGCUAUUGUUGGCAUUGUGAUCUAUGAAAGAAGCAGAAACAAUCCAGUAUUUUCAUCAUGGACAACAAACCAUGACCCGAGCGUAAAAUGGGAUUACAAUUGGGAUAAACGAGAGCCGGAAAGUGUAAUAAAGCCUCCAAAAGAGACAGCGACUGAUGAUGAAAAACUCCAGUACAAGGAGAAGCUUAAAAAGGUUCCCACAGCAACCAGACAUAUCAUAUUGAUUAGACAUGGCCAGUAUUAUGACAGGGAAAGUUUAGAUAUCAACAGGAAAUUAACAGAUCUAGGCCGGGAACAAGCGCAACUUACUGGUGCAAGAUUAGUUGACAUGAAUUACCCAUGGUCCAAAUUAAUUUGUUCAACAAUGACCCGUGCACAAGAAACAGCUGACAUAAUUCAUAAACAGCUUCCAGAUCUUCCUAGAGAAGAGUGUGAUUUACUAAGAGAAGGUGCUCCUAUACCUCCAGAACCACCCUCAGGUAACUGGAGACCAGAAAAACAGCAGUUUUAUAAAGAUGGUGCUAGGAUUGAGGCAGCGUUCAGGAAAUACUUUCAUCGAGCUGACCCUGAACAAACCAAUGACAGUUACGAGAUCGUGGUGUGUCAUGCAAAUGUGAUAAGAUACUUUGUAUGCAGAGCGUUACAAUUCCCUCCAGAAGGCUGGCUACGUAUAAGUCUUAACCAUGCAAGUAUAACAUGGCUGUAUAUAAGACCAAAUGGUAGAGUAGGCCUUCGUACCCUUGGAGAGGCGGGAUUCAUGCCAGUGAACAAAGUUUCUGUAUUAUGAUCAAAGCUUACCGGUAGGGCUAUAUUUUCAAGGUAAGGUUGUUUCAAGGGAUGGACCACUUCACAGGGAAACUGUUGUUUACGAGUCAAGCUGUUGUAUCUACGUUGUUAAUCUAUGGGCUUUGACUUCUGAACUUUAAAUAUUUAAUAUGGAUCUCUAUUUGUUAUAGUCAUUUGGUAAUGACUGGAAUUAAAAUUUUAAAAAAUAAAGUUAGGUUUAUACAAAUAUAUUUUCUUCACAACAUGAAAUGGUGGGAUAUUUAUCAUAAAAAGUGUUGAUUUGAAAAAAUACGACUAAAACUGGCAAAUAUAGGUAGGAGGCAAAAUUCUUAGCAGUGACAAAGUAAGAAAAAUAUGUUUUGUAAACUCAUUUGAUAAUAAUAAAAAAUUUACAUCAGUGAAAUUUUUUCAUUUAUUUGUUGUGUAUUUUUCAAAUGAAUAUUUUUUUUGUGAAUGAUAAAGGGUGCUUUUCUCCUGCAGGAAAUGUUGGGUGUAAAAUACGAGGGAUGUGCAAACAUUUUUUUCUCUCUUUAAAACCUAAGUGUUUGAUUUUUCAUUUUGUAUAAAAAUAACACAAGACGGAUAAUUGUGAGCAUGUAAUAAUUUGAAGCUAAAAAUAUUUUGAAUCUCUUUCUUGUUGCAAUAGUGAAAGCAUUUGGACUCGUACUGCAUAAAAUACAUUAGUCAUUAACGUAUAUUUCAUGGGACACCUUUAAUCAAAAUGUUUGACCAUGUUUUAAAGCAGUAUGCCUCCAGAUGAGCGAGAAUAUUUCAAUAAAUUCAAACUUGAGAAAAAUGUACAGAGAUUUUAGGAAAAGUAGAAAGAUUAAAGUAAUAAUUUAAAUGUUAUGAGCAAUUAAUGGUUAAUUUUUCAAUAUAAGUAGCUACCGGUAUAUUGCUUCUGCUUACUAACACAGUAAGGGCAAUUUUUGCAUAUUUUGACUUUUUUGUAAUUAAUGUGGGUUGCAAGUGCCAUUGAUAAUGUGAAAAUUACUUCCUUUUGGUUACUUUACAACAUUAUACUUUUAAUAACAUUUUCAUAUUUUUCAUUAAAAUAAGCAUUAAUCUGGAGGCGUGCUGCUUAAAGGGAGAUAAUGUUCUCAUUUUAUCAUCAUAAAGUAAUGAAAGAAAAUUGUUCAAGAAAUUUUAUACAUAAUUAUGAUGAUUGACUAAGGCAUAAUUGUCUAUUGAAAAUAGCGCAACAUUUUAUCAUUCAUGCAAGAAAAUGUAUUUUAUAUAUAAAAGACAAUCUGUUAUCAUGGGAAAUAAAUAUACAUUUCGUAAGAAA